AUGGCGUUGACUGUAUCAUGUGGAUUUUUUAUUAGAUCCAAUGUUUACAGAAAUGUUAUUAAAAAUAUAGGUAAUACUUGUUCGUCAACAUCUUAUUUAACUCAACAAAAUAAUGUUAUUCUAAGGUUUUCGUCAGUAUCAGUUGAUAUUAAUCAUGUUAUCAAUGAGGGUGAACCAAAACAACAAAAAAAACUUAGCAAAGCUAUGAAAGCUUAUUUGCAACGUGCAAAAGAACAUGAUGAAUUUAUUCACAAAGAAACUCAGGAAUAUUUAAUUGGCAAACGACAUUUAGCUAAUAUGAUGGGUCUAGAUCCAAAUUCAUUUACACAAAAAGAUGUUAAUGCUGCAAUACAAUAUUUAUUUCCUUCUGGUAUAUUUGAUCCAAGAGCACGUCCAAUAAUGGAUGAACCAGAAAAAAUACAUCCUAAAAAAAAAGCUGCUGAAUUUGAUAUUGAAGGAAGACCAUUUUCAUCACUUUUUUAUACAACAAGACCAAAUUAUUAUCAAGCACUUUAUGAUAUUGUUGAAGCUAUGGAAAAAUCAAAUGAACUUGAAGAUGCUGAAAUUCGUAAAGGUUUAGCUGCAAAUGAAACAAAUCAAGUAAAUUUAAUUGGAUCCGAUUGGGUGAAUAAAGAAGAACUUGAAAAAAGAUUUCUGGAGCCAAUGAAUGACAAAGAAUACGAGUAUUUUAUAGCUUCUGCUGAAAGAUUAACUGAACAUCCAUACUCAGCUCAUGCCAAGGAUCUUUUAAUGAAAUUUAGAGAAAUUAAAAAAGUACAAACUGAAGGAUUAAUGAUAACUCCUUUGGAGUAUAACGAACAAGGCAGACCAUUCAUUGUUGUCAAAGAUUGCCAAAGAAAAUCAUCAACAGGAACAGUUAAAAUUUGGGGUAAUGGAACUGGAUUAAUAAAUAUUAAUGGAAAAGAUAUUACAUAUUUUUACGACAAAUAUCAUCGUGAACAAAAAGGAUGA